CUUAAAACAUUUGAAUGUACAGAAGAUGACUGUGGGAAAGUAUUCAAACGAUCUGAGCAUCUCAAGCGUCAUGUGCGGUCUAUACAUACAAGAGAAAAACCCUUUGAAUGUCCUUAUCAAGCAUGUUGUAAACGUUUCUCAAGAUCUGAUAAUUUGAAUCAACAUAUUCGUAUCCAU